AUGUCCGCCUUCGCAGAUGGGACGGCAGGCCAACGCGCUCGUGGUGGCGGAAAGCGCAACGGCGGCAGGGCUGCCGCGGCCAAGGGCGGUCCCUCGGGCAGGCAGUCGCAGGAUGCGGAUGGAGGCGACGAGGGGGAUCAUGCCGAGCCGGAAGCUCGUGGUGGCGGAAAGCGCACCGGCGGCAGGGCUGCCGCGACCAAGGGCGGUCCCUCGGGCUCGCAUGAUGCGGAUGGUGGCGACGAGAAGGAUCAUGCCGAGCCGGAAGCUCGUGGUGGCGGCAUACGCAACAGCGGCAGGGCUGCCGCGGCUAAGGGCGGUCCCACGGGCAGGCAGUCGGAGGAUGCAGAUGGUGGCGACGAGGGGGAUCAUGCCAAGCCGGAAGCUCGUGGUGGCGGCAUGCGCAACGGCGGUAGGGCUGCCGCGGCCAAGGCCGGUCCCUCGGGCUCACAGGAUGCGGAUGGUGGCGACGAGAAGGAUCAUGCCGAGCCGGAAGCUCGUGGUGGCGGCAUGCGCAACGGCGGCAGGGCUGCCGCGGCUAAGGGCGGUCCCACGGGCAGGCAGUCGGAGGAUGCAGAUGGUGGCGACGAGGGGGAUCAUGCCAAGCCGGAAGCUCGUGGUGGCGGCAUGCGCAACGGCGGUAGGGCUGCCGCGGCCAAGGCCGGUCCCUCGGGCUCACAGGAUGCGGAUGGUGGCGACGAGAAGGAUCAUGCCGAGCCGGAAGCUCGUGGUGGCGGCAUGCGCAACGGCGGCAGGGCUGCCGCGGCUAAGGGCGGUCCCUCGGGCAGGCAGUCGCAGGAUGCGGAUGGUGGCGACGAGAAGGAUCAUGCCGUGCCUGCAUGCCGUGGCGUUAACGAUCAUGAUGAGGACGAGCCAGCAGCUGUGAAUGAUGGGAAAGGUGGACGUGAAGCUGUGAUUCCCUACCAACGGCGCAAGGCUGUGGAUCCGGGCAGUUGCGACCAUAAGGCGAGACAAGCUCGGCACGGCCCCAAUGUGCACGUUUCGAGCUCGUCUGGUUCCGAGGAAGAUUCGAGUGACAGUGAGUCGGGCAGCUCAUCUGGGAGUGAGGAGGUAUACGAGGACGAGGUUGAGGAGGAGGAGGACGAGGAUGAUGAGGAGUUGGAGCCGGAGAGCGAGGAUGGGGAGGAGGCUCGGCCUUUGAAGAGGAGGAGUGUGCGGAAGCUCAAGAAGGGCAACGCUAAGCAAAAAUCGGAGAGGGGACGGGUGAAGAUCUGUAAACAGAGUGUGCGUCGUGCCAAACCACAUGGCAAGCGCCAGAGACCUCGAUUCGAAGCUAAAAUAGUGGGUGUGCGUAGCAAGGCGAAGCGGGAGUUGAAUUUUUACGAAUCAAUGGGGAUACGAUGUCCAUCAAGCUCUCAUGAACGGCAAGCCGCGGACCCGUACGCUGCGUUACGCGAUCUGAUGGGUUCGGCUGGGAAGGGAGAUCAGAUGGCUUGGGGGUCAGCGCGGUUUGGCAAAGAAGCGACGGACCCGCCCCCCAACCAUAUGGGGGGUCGCGCGGUUCAUGUGAAGAACGAGGGGGCAACGAAGCGGCACGAACCCUCGGUAGCUGCAGCAGCGAAUGACGGUGUGGGAGGAGGUGUGUGGGCGAAUGCCUUGGGCGAAUGUGGCGGCGGUGUGGAAGGCUCCAUGUGGGAUGUACGGGAGAGCAGGGGAGAAGGGGGGGACGAAAAAAUGGAUCCGGCGACUAAGGAGGGGAGGGGAGAGAGCAUGGGCACACCUGGCGCAUCCAGUCGGCCGGAUGUGGCUGGCGGCAGGACUGUGGAGCAGCUCAUGCGAGAGCUUGCCCAGCGGGAUCGCGAAAUCGCUGCACUCAAGGCAAGGCCAGGAUCAAAAGGAGCUGUCAAGCCCUGCACCCCUCCAUCUAGGCCUCCUCCUCUAGCAUCUCUGUCGAGCGGCCCAUCUAUAGGGGGCCUCGAUCCAGACGUGGCGCCAGAAAGCCCAGCGACGGUAGACGUACCGGUCCGUCGAACGCGUGGGAUGCCCAAGCUGCUGAAGAGCCCCUGUUCCUGGUGCUGGUGGUGGUGUGGGUGUCAUGCGGCGGAGGGAAUAGAGGAAGCCGUAUCCGUCAACCCCAUGCGGCCCCCUUUCUGUCCGCCGCUCCUCCCUCCCCUCUCUAUCCCGUCCCUCUCCCUCCUCGUCCAGAGCCACUGUAAAAGAGCUCCUGUUCAUGGUGCUGGUGGUGGGGUGGGUGUCAUGCGGCGGAGUGAUCUUAAAUCGCAGCAAGCUCCUGUUCAUGGUGCUGGUGGUGGGGUGGGUGUCAUGCGGCGGAGUGAUCAGCCCAUGUUCAUGGUGCUGGGGGUGGUGUGGGUGUCAUGCGGCGGAGGGAUAGCUAAGCAUAGCAGUCAUCCUUUAUCUCACUCCCCACUCUCUCCCAUCCCUCCCCUCCCUCUGCGAGAGCCCAUGUUCAUGGUGCUGGGGGUGGUGUGGGUGUCAUGCGGCGGAGGGAUAGCUAAGCAUAGCAGUCAUCCUUCAUCUCACUCCCCUCUCUCUCCCAUCCCUCCCCUCCCUCUGCGAGAGCCCAUGUUCAUGGUGCUGGGUGUGGUUGUGGAAUACAUGUCAUGCGGCGGAGGGAUAGCUAAGCAUAGCAGUCAUCCUUCAUCUCACUCCCCUCUCUCUCCCAUCCCUCCCCUCCCUCUGCGAGAGCCCCUGUUCAUGGUGCUGGGGGUGGUGUGGGUGUCAUGCGGCGGAGGGAAUAGAGGAAGCCAGCUCCUGUUCAUGGUGCUGGUGGUGGGGUGGGUGUCAUGCGGCGGAGUGAUCGCUCACCAUAGCAGCUAUCCUUCCUCUCCCUGCACCCUCUCUCCCAUCCCUCCACCACCUCUUCUAGAGCCCAUGUUCAUGGUGCUGUUGUUGCUUAACGUUGGUUCUUCUCCCACUGUCCCCUUCUCCCGCCCCCCCUUUAAUCUACACCUCUCCCCUUCCCUCCCGCCAUCCCGUUCUCUCCCUCCCUCCAUUUCUCUUCAGCCAUCCCCUUCUAUCCCGCCCUCCAUGUCUCUCCUGCCCUCCCCCUCUCCCCUGCCCUCCCCUUCUCUCCUGCCCUCCCCUUCUCUCCCGCCCUUCCCUGCUCUACUGCCCUCCAGCCAACCCUCCAUUCAUUCUAUACCGCCCUCCACUUCGUCCAUACCCUUUGGACAACCCCUAAACCAGGUCGUGCAUGAUCUUCGUCCCCGCCUUGUCCUGCGUGCGCGCAGGAGGGAAUCAGCGGGUCAGCUCGUGGGGAAACAGCAGAGACGGGCUCCCGUUUGCCAACGGCCGAUUGACCAGGGCUUGGCAAAGGUUAAGAAGACCGACUGGAACGUCUCGAACUCCCACCGCAAGAACACCGAGUGGAUGACGGGUUUGCACCGAAAUGUGCGGUGGAUUAUCAAGGACCACUUCACACGCCACACCCCCGUGUACAACACAGUCGUGCAGGGCUUCAAGUGGGGCAACCGUGGCCUGUAUGUUCACGAGUCAGGAUUUGAGGCGUUCAAGGGGAAGGCCGUGCCUGACGAGGAGAAGAAGGACUUGAAGGAGGAAGAGCAGGAGGUGUACGACGCGGAGGACUUGAAGACGGAUGACGAGGAGGAUGACGAGGAUCAGGAGGAGGAGGAGGAGGAGGAGGAGGAUGAGGAGGAGGAGGAGGAGGAGGAGGAGGAGGAGGAGGAGGAGGAGGAGGAGGAGGAGGAGGAGGAUGAGGAGGAGGAGGAACAAGGCAUUGGUGGAGACAGCAAGGGGGGCAGCACGCUAGGCAAGAAAGUAGAGUCAGCAUGGGGGGUAGCACGGGCGGCAAAAGCGUGGAGUCAGCAAGGGGGGCAGCAGUAG